UGACGGCGCGCUGAGGGGGCGCGGUGGGAGGCCGCCUCCCGGCCGCGGCCCCGGGGACCCUCCCGUCGGACGGGGCCGGGGGGACGGGACGGCGGACCGAUGAACGGCUUCGGACCGGAGGACGACAGCCGGGAAGGGACCGCCGCCAUCGCCGCCGCCCUCAUCCCCUCCGCCGCCGCCAUCGCCGUCCCCCCCGUCGCCGCCGCCGGCCAGACCUGCUGCCUCAUCGAGGACGGGGACCGCUGCCUCCGACCCGCAGGAAACGCCUCCUUCAGCAAGAGGAUCCAGAAGAGCAUCUCCCAGAAGAAGCUCAAGCUGGACAUCGAGAAAACCGUAAGGCACCUUUAUAUCUGUGAUUUCCAUAAAAAUUUCAUCCAGAGCGUACGAAAUAAAAGGAAGAGAAAGACCAGUGAUGAUGGAGGUGAUUCCCCUGAGCACGAAACAGAUGUCCCAGAGGUGGAUUUGUUCCAGUUGCAAGUGAACACCUUACGGCGUUACAAAAGGCAUUACAAGCUGCAGACCAGACCAGGAUUCAAUAAGGCACAGUUAGCAGAAACUGUCAGCCGCCACUUCAGGAAUAUCCCUGUGAAUGAAAAGGAGACCCUGGCUUACUUCAUAUACAUGGUGAAGAGUAACAAAAGUAGGCUGGACCAGAAAUCAGAGAGUAGCAAGCAGCUGGAGUGAUGAUGAGUCGGACUUUAAAGAAAUUAAGGACAGGUGGUAUCCGGCGCGUUGAAGCCAAGGAAGACUGUUAAAUUUUAAUGUAAAUAAUAAUAAUAAUAAAAAAUUAGUACGAAUGAUGGAAUAAUGUAAAUCAUUUUGGACAGAAGGAAGUGUUUUAACGAUUCAGCAUGUGUAUCAAAGAAAGAGUUUCUUUUCAUCUAAAGUCAAUAAUUGAACCCUAGGAAGAAAUAAAGAGCAAAGCUAUGUAUUUCCAAUUGUCACAUUCACAGUGCAGUGCGUUAAAACCCUGAUUACUUCUGGAGGUUUGGGGUCGAGGAGGUUGUCAAUAAAACAAGCGAUGGCAUCGGACCCACCGCAUGUCUGUGCCACAGCUCUGAAAGGGCAGAGUCAGUCAGUUGUAUUUAUUGAGCGCCUUUUGUGUGCAGAGCACUGUACUAAGCGCUGGGGAGAGUAGACUACCACAAUAAGCAGAAGUCUCAGUUACAGACUGUGGUGCAUGAGCGUGCAUUCUGCCCAGGCCUCAGCCAGUGCUCACUGGAGGGACUAUACUUGGCCACGUCCUCCCAAUUCAUCCUUCUUCAUUAAUGACUUUGAAACGGGUUUCGACACUCGGGGUAAUACAAAAAGGAAAAAUGGGAGCAGGCCCAGCCACCCUUUCUGUCUCUGACAGGAGCCUACUUGUUAAUUGCUGUGAGGUUUUUCUAAGUGGCUUCCAAUUUUCCUGAUUUGCUAUUGCAGGAGUGAAGGAGUGAAUCUUUAAAGUGGAAACCAUUCAAAUUUAAGUUGGAAUUCCAAAUCCGGCUUUUAAAUUCAUUUAAUGAUGUCUCUCAAAGUCUAGGUAGUUUAGUGUUUAUGUUAGCUGACAUCUUGUACCGCAUAACAUUCCCUAUUAGGGAAAACCAAGGGUAAAGCCUUGGGCUUUGGGGCAAAAUACCUUCAGGGAUUUGGGGGCUUGUUUGUUUGGCUUUUCUUUAAAAGGAAGGUUUUGGUUUUCUUGUGCUUGUGGGGAGAGGGGAUGUCUAGUGCUUAGGUGACUUUUGCCUAGGACCUUCGGGUGGAAUAAUGAUGUAAGGGUCCUUCCACUUCUUGUCAGUGCCAUCUUUCUCCCUGGUUGAAAGGCCACAUUUGAUUUAAAUGUGUUUUGUUCAGCCUUAAAUAAUAAGGUCAUCUUUCCCCACGCCUGAUGGUCACAAAAUGUCUAACGUGGCAAAUAUAGGCCCUGACAGGUAAGAAACAGAGCCCUGCAAAAUAUUUGGGGGACAAGUAUGUGGCAUAACCAUGCUUAAAGUGCAUGUUUAGAAGCUCCAAGCAUUUUAAAUAGUUGUAAAUGAGUGUAUAUAGAAUGUAUUGUCCUUUUAAUCUUGAGAAUCUUAUGUUACCAGCCCAGAAGAGAUGGGGGACUUUGUGCUCUGAGGGUUUUCAUUCAUUCUAAUUUGGUGUAUAUUUCAAGAAGCUCUCCCUAUUUAUAUCUCGAGGUCUCAGGUGAGGUACCGGGAAGGGUCGGUAGAGUAUAUUUUACAUUUGAAAGAUAAACAGGUAUUCUUACUGUUUUGAAACAACCUAUUAAUGAGGCUGGGCCCUUUCCUGAAAGGACGAACUAAAAGCCCAUAGCAGUUAAAUGCUGAUGUCGUAUUAUCAUUGCCUUGAGGAUAUGUUCGUGCACUGCACAGUUCAGUUAAUGGGAACUUUGGCCUCUAAGAAUAGACUCUACCUGCCCUCUGGGGGAAAAGUACAGAAUAAAAUUCUUUCUUUCUCAUUCCUAAACCAAAAUUGUGACCAUGUCACUGUUUGAACAGCUAAUCCUGUUUUCUCCUUUACAGUAACCACACAUUUCUUCAAGAAACUUGGUGGCAGAAUCCAUCUGUUCAGGCGUAUUUGUAGGAAUGCCUUUUGUUCUAAAGGGAAACUUGGGAAAACCCUUCAUCACAAGCAGCCAAAUGCAACACACAAUGAUUUGCUGCCUUCAUUCUCAAAACAAUUCUUUUUUAAAAGUGUUUUGGAGAAGAUCUUUAAGCCAGGUCUUUAACUGGAGUUCAUAAAUAAUAGUGGUUAGAAAGAGAAUAUGAAAAUUUCAGACCUUUUGGGUUUCUGAUACCCAAGACCUGUUGUUUUAUUGUAGGUGUUCAGCAUCUCUACUUCUUAAAAAUGGUCAAACAUAGGAAUUUUCAGUUAGGGGUGACCUGGUUUCCAGAGAGAUGUCAUUCUUUAACAGCUACAACCUCACAUUGCAUCCAUCAUUUUUUGUAACUUCAGACUUUAUUGAUCCACCUGUCUUUUGAGGAUACUACUCUUAUAAGCAUACGUUUUUGAACCUUCCAGUAGUAAACCCAAGAAAACUUGAUCUUUGUGUGAAAUGGCAUUUUAUUUAGCUCUCACGUAGAAUUGCAGUUUUUGGUUCAAGCAUUAUACACUGUAAAUUUCCCUGAGGUAAAAUGAGUGACUUGGCAGAGCCCUAAAUUUCCCUGUAUGAAACUGUUAUAGUGAAAGUUACAUUUAACAGCAAGAAAAAAAAACUUUAAUACAGGAUUGGGGAUGGGAUAUUGCCCAGAAUGGUGUUUUUUUUAAGAAUUUUUCUUGAUUUUAAUCCAUUGGAAAAAAUAUUUUCUUUAAUUGUGAUUGAGCCAAAAGUCUAGAUAUUCUUGCCAUUCCUACGUAUUUGGCAUUAACCUAUCAAAGAAUAGGUUUUAAUGUUAUCCAUAGUUCAAAUGUUAUCCCUAACCUUGUUUAAAAACCUGGAAGUUUAACUUUUUAUUUUGCAAAAUAAAAUAAAACUUUGAUGAUUAAAAAUUUAGAAUAGCUUCUGUGCAAUUCCAUUCCUGAAUUCUCACGUAUUCACGUAAGUUUGCAUGGGCUCUACAGUAUAUCUGGUGCCUCGUAGGUGGAAUCAGUGUGAUUCUUGGAACAAAUAUCCAAAUUUUUGGCCCAACUCUUGGUACUAACUGGACACUGACUGGUUAGACAUCAGGAGAGGCAUUAAAGUGUUCGAUGAUUUCUCCCCUUAAAGUAUUUCUUUCAGGUUGGGGAAGCCUGCUGGGGAGGUAGUAGCCUCACCAUCACUAUUUUGGUUCUGCCUGGGAGAAGAGGCCAAGUAGCUUGGCUCCCUGCUGCGGAGGUAGGAAAUCCCUGCAACAAUAUAAAGUUCUUUUCCCAAAUUAAAGAGUCACAUAUGUCAUGCCAAACCCAGUUCUCCACCCCUCCCCCAUCCCCCUGCCCCCGAUAACUUUAAAAAGCUUAUUUUUGGAAGGUUUCAAAAUGUACUGCUUACAAGGCAGCAGCAAAACGGCAUUGAAAGUCACACCGACAUGGGCUUGUAGGAUGACUUUUUUUUUUUUUAAUCUGAAAGGGUUGUAUGUCCUGGAAUCCAAAGCAGGCCACCAUAAAACAGUUUAAGACUUUGCAGGAAUCCAAAGAAAUAUCCAAAGCGGAUGUGGUUCAAAUGGAAUGUUAGUUGACCUGACAAAAUGGGUUGAGGAAAUAGUCCCCAAGGGGCCCCAAUUCCGUUUAGCAGUGAGUGUCUUAUGCCAAGCGCAAGUAUGAAUGUCUGGGGAGAAUUGUGCACUUUAUGCCAAUAGUGGUAGAGAAUCCAGUGUUCUAAAGACACAGUUGAACCCUAUUAUUGCUAAAGGUAAGAAACUGCUGCAUUGGAUUUCUCUGUUUUUGACUUGUAUUUUAGUUGCGCUUGUUUGAGUUGGGUUUUGAGUUGAGAAGAGUAAAUAUUAAAUGCCACAGUUUCAGGCCAUUGUGUUCCUAAAAAUGAUGGCCCUGUUACAUUACUCUUCCCAACUGAAAGGCAAGUGGAGUCAGUGUCCUUUAACAGGUGGAAGACAAGAAUCAAUGGAUGUAGCGUAUUAGUGAUUUUCCUGUUUCCGCGGAUCAGCUUUUCCAUUAAGGCUAUAGUAGGGAAAGUUUGAUUUAGUGUACCUAAAGGAAACCCCUCUGCUGCUUUCCCAUGUCAUUCUCCACUUACCAUUCUGGGAAGAACUUUUCACUGUCAGUAGUAUUAUUGAAUGCCAUUAUGACAGAGAACCGUACUAAGCAUUUGAGCGAGUGAAAUAGAGGUAGAAGACAUAAUCUCUGCCCUCCAGGAGCCUACAGACACACACAAAACAAGCACGAUCCGUGUCUUAAAGUAACCUAUUUAUCCCAGAGUUAAUUUUCUUUUUGGCCUUCAUCUUGUCCGCACAGAGUAUUGAGAAAAGAUUAGCUGUUUAAGGGUAGUUUGGGUGGUGGUUUUUCUUAACUGCCUUAUUAAAGAAACCAAGUGCUCCUUUCAUUUCAGACCACCUUGUAUUGUAUUGGUCUUCUGCCAAAUGCUUGGGAUGAUUUGUAUUUUUAAUUGUAACAUAAUUGUGUACUUUUGAGAAGCAAUUCUAGUAAAUUAUAGUGAAACUGUUGAACCUCUUAUUCUGAGAGAGCUGUAAGGAAUGCUCUCCACUGUAUAUGCCGCCUUUAAUGCUGUACUAUCACCCAGAUAUUAUUGACUGAGUUUCACUUUUAAUAAAUGAUCUAAUAAUUAACAAGGUCAGGCUUUA